CCGGAGGUUGGCGGCGGGUGGUGGUUUGUGGGAGUGUGCGGAGUGCGUCGGGCAAGACAAGCCGGAAGGCGCGCAAGGAGAGCAGGCAGAGCCGGCGGAGCCGAGGAGGAGCAGCGCGCGGGGAGGAGACAGGACAGAGUGUGGCGGAGCAGGCGGCAGGCGCACGGAUGGUGGGCGUGGCAGGUGGCGGCGUGGCGGGUCUGGCGACGGCACUGGCGCUGGCUGCGCGCGGUGGGGAGGCCAUGGUCCUCGAUGCCGCGCCGCACUCGAGCUACGGCUCCGAGUACGCCGGAGUCGGUACGGUGCUGAGCCAUGGGGCGGUGGCGCAACUGGAGGCUCUGGGAGUGCCGGAUGUGGACAAGCAGGGUGUGGCGCUGGAUCGGAUGGUGGUGUACCGCAAGGGAUCAGUGCUGGCGGAGCUCGAUUACCACGCGGCUGCUGUGAGGCUCGGACUGCCUGCGGGCGCCCCGGUGCUCGGCGUUUCAUCACGGGUCCUCCAUGAGGUGAUGUGGAACGCGGCGGUGGCGCGCAAAAUUCCAAUUGUGCACGAGGCCACGUUUGGGGCGAUUGAUCCCAUCUCAGAGUCAGAGGCGCUGCUGGCUCGGAUCGACCGCGGCAAGGGCGCCGCAGCGCAGACCUCGCAGGCCAUUCUGCAAGCUGUGGUGGGCGCCGACGGAGUUGGGUCCAAGACGCGUGAGCUGGCGUUUGCCGACAAGGAGGCGAGCGGUGAAAAGAUUCUGUACGGCGGGUGGGGCUACUGGCACACCAUUGUGGAUGUGCCGGAGGCUGCGGGCAUCGACAUGAGCGCACUGAGCCAUGUGAUCGACAACGGGCGGGCGGUGCGGAUUGUGCCAGUCUCGCCGACCAAGGCGUACGUCAUGUUUACCUUUGCGGCCAAAUCGCCCAAGCCGCCGCCGCUCUCGCACGAGGUGCGGCGGAAGCAGCUCCUGGCAGCAUACGAGGAUUUUGAGGCACCGCAGGUGCGGGCAGUGCUCGACGAGCUGGAUGCGAGCAAGUCGGAGUUUAUUCAAAUGCGGUAUCCACCGCAUGUGGCGCUCGAGACGUACACAUCGCCGACGCGGGCGCCUGUGGCCCUGGUUGGCUCUGCCGCGCACGCCAUGCUUCCGGUCUUUGGUCUCGGCACGUCGCUGGCAAUCGACGACGGCGUCUCGAUUGGCGCGGCACUUUGCGACAGCGACAGCGCGACGGCCGCGCUGAGGACAUGGUCGCAGCAGCGGCAUGACUACAUCCGCGAGCUCCAGGCCCUUGCUCUCAACGUCUCGUCGCAGAUCCACUCGACCGCCGACAAGGGCUGGCUCCAGACCAAGAUGAUGAGCUUUGUCCUGCAGCGCUCGCUCUCUGGUAGCGUCCUCACCGAUGCGUAUGAUCGGUUCCAUCGGUUUGGCGCAGCCGUGGUUGGCGAGCGUUAG